GGCUCUUACUUGCAACAAAGUCAUGAUAUUUGUAUUUAUGCUGUUUUCAGCAACCACCUGGACUUUGCUGGCUCUGGUUUUCACCCUGUUAUUGCUGUAUGGUGUUUGGCCAUAUAGGUUUUUCAGAAAGCUGGGAAUUCCAGGACCAAGGCCUCUGCCUUUCAUUGGAACAAUGCAUUACUUGAAGAAGGGAAUCCUUUCUUUCGAUCGUGAGUGCCAAGCCAAGUACGGGGAUGUUUGGGGGUUGUAUGAUGCACGUUCACCAAUUUUAAUGGUGGCAGACCCUGAGAUUAUUAAAACUGUGAUGGUGAAGGAGUGCUACUCUGUGUUUACCAACCGCAGGGACAACACUGUAGUGUCCGGACCUAUGGAGGAUGCAGUUUCAGUAGUUAAAGAUGAAAGGUGGAAAAGAAUUCGGAGCACUGUGUCUCCAUGCUUCACCAGUGGAAGAGUCAAACAGGUUGGUGUCAUACCUGAGCUCACCAAUCACUUCUGCAUUAAGCCUCCAGAUGUACAAUCGGAUACAAUGGAGUAUUAUUACAACAUCAUCAAGAGAUUUAAAGACGAGCACUGCGCAGAAGACUCUAGUCGAGCGGACUUCCUGCAGGUGAUGGUUCAGAAUGAGAUACCAGAAACCGAGAUAAAGAGUGAGCAAGAGCAGCCAAGUAAAGGUUUGACUGAACAUGAGAUCCUGACUCAGGCCUUCGUUUUCAUCUUGGGUGGCUACGAGAACACCAGUGUUACUCUCACUUACAUCCUUUACAACCUGGCCAUCAAUCCGGAUGCGAUGCAAACCUUGCAGAAAGAAAUUGAUACCAGCCUACCAAGAGAUUCUCCUGUUUCAUAUGAGGAGCUGGUUGGCCUGCAGUACCUGGACCAGGUUAUUAAUGAGUCCAUGCGUUUGAUUCCCACGGCACCUCGGCUUGAGAGGAUGUGCAAAAAAACUGUCCAGGUCCAAGGCCUCACCAUUCCUAAAGGAACCCUGAUUGGGGUUCCUGUGGGCAUGUUACACAAGGACCCACGCUUUUGGAGCUCGCCUGAGCUUUUCAGACCAGAGAGGUUCAGUAAAGACAGUGGGGAGGAGGUGAACCCCUACGUGUACAUGCCAUUUGGGCUCGGUCCUCGUAACUGUGUUGGGAUGCGCUACGCUGUCCUCGUCAUGAAGAUUGUUCUUGUUCGUCUCCUGCAGAAUUACUCUGUGGAAACGUGCAAAGACACCAUGAUUCCUUUGGAGCUUGACUGGAAGUUCCAACCGCUUAAACCUGUAAAACUCAAGUUUGUUCCUAGACAACAGUAGUUCAUGAGGGGAAGAGCUCCAAAUAUAUUUUGCUUCUCAAAUGUUAACAAACUAAUUAGUUUUAAUCUGUGCCAACUGCUGCUGGGAUAUUUCAUGUUUGUAUUUCAGACAAUGUAGAGUAAAUUGAUCCAGACAGCCACACUAUUUUAUCUCAUGUUGCAUUACAUGUGCCUUUCUAACUCUUUAAAGGUCUGGUAUUAUGGCAG